AUGGAUAUCGUCAACAUCUUAAACAAAAAGGAAGCUAGUGCUAGCAGCGACAAUGCUGUUUCCCCAACUUCUAGACAACCGGAAACCGGUCAAGCACGGUUUGAGAAACAAGAUGCAGUUCGCUUACCCUCUAUGGCUCCGAAUUCGUUUUCAACAUAUCCACACGCAACUUUUGCUCCAAGAUAUUCAUACGAGACACAGCACUCUCCGCCGCCUGCAGCCAGCCCUUCUAAUCCGUUUGCAACUAGUCCUGGUCCUAGUUCGGAAGGGCCUCAUUCGAAUAAUGGAAACGAUGAUCCUACGAAGCCAUAUCAUUGCAAGACAUGUUCGAAGGGUUUUGCUCGCAGGAGUGACCUAUCACGCCACGAGCGUAUCCAUAGUGGCAUCAGGCCACAUAUUUGUGAUUUCGAAGGUUGUGGGAAACAAUUUAUUCAGAGAUCGGCUUUAACGGUCCACGCAAGAGUACAUACUGGAGAGAAACCACAUAUGUGCGAAGCCUGUGGAAAGCCUUUUAGCGACUCGAGCUCUCUCGCUCGCCAUCGCCGUAUACACUCUGGCAAAAGGCCCUACAAAUGCCCAUACGCAGAUUGCCAGAAGACAUUCACAAGGCGUACUACUUUAACUCGCCAUCAAAAUCAUCACACUGGGACUAUUAGCGAGGCUGCUGCUGCAACUGCUGCUGCAUUAGCCAGCAGGAGAUCUUCAAGCAAGUCAAGUGUUCAGUCGCUAUCACUGACCGGCAACAGCCCCCGUGAAGAUAACAUGGAGUCAGUCUCCCAAUCCCGUACCGGCUCGAACUCAUCGUUAAGAUUAUCCCAAGGAUCGAGCCCGGCGGCAGAUCUCGACAAGCAAGUGAUUCUAGCAUGGCGUGAGAGCCCACCAUACCAAGCAGUCACUUCUCUACCCACCCCAGUCUCUACCCCAACCAUUCCUGCCAACCUUGUAACUGGCACAGCCGCAUUGCAGAUAUCGGAUUCCAGGCAAAAUCUUAGAGGUUUACCACCGCUGGGCAGUGGUUCCCAGCCCCGUUCUCUUAGCCCUCUCCACCGUAGUCCAAGCUCAGGGAUUUCGCAUCACAUCUGGCAGCACCACACGCACAAUGGCUCUCCUACAUCUUUACUACCAAUUCAUACUGCCAUCAGUCUAUCACCCCAGCCGGCUUACCGGUAA